AAGAUGAUGCCACCGAUGCUAGCAACGACCGGUUCUCUGCUGCUGAUGCUGCUGUUGUUGCAGAUGGACUGCGUCCGCGGCCAGGGCUUCGAUCUGACCAAGAUCCUAGUCAGUCGGGGCACAGAGCCCAUUUGGACUGUGAUGGUACGGCAGCUGCCGCAUGUACAGGACAUGAUCGACUCUGGCCGCAGGGAGUGCAUAAAGGAGCUAAAACUUCCCAAGGAUCAGCGUCCGCUGAUGAAGGUGUCCAAUCCCAGCGAGAAGGAGAAAUGCCUGAUAGAGUGUGUCCUCAAGAAGACCAAGAUUAUGGAUGACAAGAACAAGCUGAAUCUGGCCCAGGUGGAGAAGCUGACCGGUCUGGUGACCCAGGAGAACAAGAUGGCCAUUGCCUUGAGCUGCAGCCUGGCACAGACCUGCAAUCGCGCCAUCUCGGCCAAGAAUCCCUGUGAGGCUGCCCACCAGCUCAAUCAGUGCAUCAGUCGCCAGCUGGAGCGCAACAAUGUGAAGCUGAUCUGGUAGGAUCCUGCACUCGUACACU